GGGGAGAUGGCUGUGGUCCCAGCAGCGGGCAGGACUGGAGAGAGCACGCUGCCGCAGCCCCAUGUCUCAGCCAGGGCUCCCUUUCCCUGCUCCACCCUGUGGAUGUGAUGGCGGCCCCUGCCCUGUCCUGGCGUCUGUCCCUCCUCAUCCUCCUGCCCCUGGCUGCCUGUCGGGCAUCUGCAGCAGUGAACGACACUUCCCAGCUCACGUGCUUCUACAACUCGAAAGCCAACAUCUCCUGUGUCUGGAGCCGGGACGGGGGUCUGCGGGGUGCCUCCUGCCACAUCCAUGCCCAGUCGAACAAACGGUCGUGGAACAAAACCUGUGAGCUGGUCCCUGUGGGGCAGACAUCCUGGGCCUGUAACCUGAUCCUCGGAGCCCCAGAUUCUCAGACGCUGACCGCAGCUGACACUGUCAACAUGAAUGUGAUGUGCCAGGAAGGGAAGCGGUGGAGCGUGGUGAUGAGCCAGGCCUUCAAGCCCUUUGAGAACCUUCGCCUGAUGGCCCCGGUCUCCCUUCAAGUCAGCCACGUAGGGACCCACGGAUGCAACGUCACCUGGGCCCUCUCCCACUCCUCCCACUACAUUGAAAGUUACUUGGAGUUUGAGGGCCGGACACGGUCCCCAGGCCAGAGCUGGGAGACGGCCCGUCUGCUGACCCUCAAGCAGAAGCAGCAAUGGAUCUCUCUGGAGACACUCACCCCAGACACCCACUAUGAGCUUCAGGUGCGGGUCAAGCCCCAGCUAGGUGACCACUCGGUGUGGAGCCCCUGGAGCCAGCCCCUGGCCUUUAGGACAAGGCCUGCAGCCCCCAGGAAGGAGACUCCGCCCCUCCCUGGGUUGGACUACAUCCUCAUGGGCCUCAGUGCCGGUGCCGUGGGCUUCAUCAUCUUAGUCUACCUGCUGGUCAACAGCCGGGACAUCGGGCCGUGGCUGAAGAAGGUUCUGAAGUGUCACAUCCCAGACCCCUCGCAGUUCUUCUCCCAGCUGAGCUCAGAGCACGGAGGAGAUUUCCAGAAGUGGCUCUCGUCGCCCUUCCCCUCGUCCUCCUUCAGCCAUGGCGGCCCCGCGCCCGAGAUCUCCCCGCUGGAGGUGCUGGAGAGGGAUGCCAAGGCCGCGCAGCUGCUGCUGCUGCAGCAGGACAAGGUGGCCUCGCCCUCGCCCUCCACCAGCGGCCACUCACUGACCAGCUGCUUCACCAACCAAGGCUACUUCUUCUUCCACCUCCCAGACGCCUUGGAGAUCGAGGCCUGCCAGGUGUACUUCACGUACGACCCCUGCACAGAGGAGGAGGCUGAGGAGGGCGCAGGCGGGCCUGGGGUACCCGUGCAGCCUCCCCUCCCUCCCCUGCAGCCUCUGUCGGGGGAGGACGAUGCCUACUGCACCUUCCCCCCCGGGGAAGACCUGCUGCUCUUCUCCCCGAAUCUCCUUGGUGGCUCCAGCCCCCCAAAUACUGCCCGUGGGGGCAGUGGGGCUGGUGAAGAGAGGCUGCCCCCCUCCCUGCAGGAGGGAGUCCCCAGACACUGGGCCUCUCAGCCCCCGAGGCCUCCCACCCCAAGAUCUUCCGACCUGGUGGAUUUCCAGUCCCCCCCAGAGCUGGCGCUGGGAGAGGCUGGGGAGGAGGUCCCUGUCCCCAGCUCUGGGGAGGGGGCCGGUUUCCCCUGGGCCUGCCCUCCCAGACAGGGCCAGGACAGAGCCCCUACCUCUCACCUGACUCCGAUCACUGAUGUUUACCUGUCCCUCCAAGAACUCCAGGAUCAGGACCCGGCUCACUCAGUGUAGACAGAUGGCCAGGGGUGGGAGGCAGGCGGCUGCCCGCUGUUGCACCAGGCCCGAGGAGGGCCCAGUUGAGGACUCUAUGUCCUCGAGGCUCAUCCACUGCUGAGGAAACUAGGCGUCUGGUUGCCUCCCGGACAUCUCCACCCAGAUGGCCCCCAGCCCCGCAAACUCGGCCCAUCCACUUCCAAACCUCAGUUGCUGCUCCCUGGUCCUGCUGCCCAAGCCAGGAACUGCAGGGUGGUGGGGGCAGUUGACUCCCCACCUCCCUCUUUAAUCACGGAGUCCCAUGAGCUUUGUCUCUGGAGCAUCACUCUGUGCAGCCCGCAGCUACCUGCUGACAUCAGUCCUCGUGGCUCUCCAGGGGCCUUCGCCUCGACCUCUUCCCUGGGAUUCCUGCCCUGGCCUCACCCCCUCCCAACCACCCUGUACAGGGCAGCCAGAGAGUGCUUUCCACGACACAAACAUGGCCAUGCUCUCCCCUGGCGCAAAACCCUGCUGUGGCUCCCCUCUGCCCUCAGCACCACUUCUUGGCCUGGCACUUGCCCCUCCAGCAUCGUGUUGGGACAUCCCCUCCUGGAACCCUCACAACAGUCCUCCUGAGCCACCUGGAGCUCCCUCAUGCUCCCACACCUUUGCACGUGUUAUUCCCUAUGCCUGGUGUGCCCUCUCCCUCAUCUGGGUGACAAGUUCCCCUUAUCCUUCAAGCGUUGGUUCCACUUCCCCUGGAGGGAAGUGCUGCCUCCCUUAAUGUGUCAAAACUUCCAGCGUCAGUGCUGGAAGGAGAAGCUCUCAGGGUCCCAGGGUGGCUGGAGAAAGAGGCUCUGUCAUUUCUCCCUUGGGAUCUCUUGGACCUAAGAAUGCUUGGCUGCUGCGUCCUUAAUGUUGUGGCCCAAGUAUGGACACAAAUCCCCUCGUCAAGCGGAUACCUGCUGGGUCUUUCCACAGUGCCUUCACAGACUCAAGAGGGAAGCGGCUGGAAAGCAAACCCUGGGGUCUGAGCAGCCCAGGCAGCAGCCCCUCCUAGUGGCAGGUCCUGAUGCCACCAAGGCGAGCCCACGCCGGGCCCCUCCCGCUCCAUCCUCCCCCAGAGGGGUCUCCUGUGCAGCCCAGGGGCUGGCACACUGGCCUCCAGAAGGGCAGCUCCACAGGGCAGGGCCCCAUCACGUUCCUUGGAUGACUUAAUGGACUCUCUGGCCCCACCUUGCCCGGGCUCCCUGCACCGGGCUGCCUUCACACAGAGGGGCAGAGGCCCUGCAUGCGGGAUCCCGCCACCACCCCUCCACUUCUCUUUCCUCUGCCCCGAACACUGAUCACACCGUGAUGGCUGUCACAGCCUUCUGCCCCAGCAAGGCAUGGACUCAGUCCCAGCUAACUCUGACUCAGGAGUGCUCAGUGCCUGCACUUAUAGGCCAUGCGCCCAGCUAAUUGGGCACCUGACCACAAGCCCACCCCCUAGGCUGACCAGCAGCCUAUGAGGUGGCUUGGCAUGAAGCUCUGUCCAAUCAGGGAGGCCAGACUUGAGCUAGCCAAUCAGAUCACCUCUCAGUCUUGGGCAUCUGGACUCAGGGCGGCCCCUGAGAACAGGUGCUUGUGGCCAAGGUCCCCAGGAAAAGGUAGGCAGGAGCUGAGCCACGUGAGCAAGGGACCCUGGGCUCCCGACAGAGAAAAGCUCCUGCGGCUAAGACGCUACUGAUCAUUUGGUCAGGAUUCCUGUUGCCCUGAUGCCCAAAAUAAACUCCCCUUUCUUGAGGUUGUCUGAGUCUUGGGUCCUUACCUUGGAAAGCGCUUACUUACCUGGCAGCCACCUGCCGUAGGGCGCUGCAUCUUCCAGGCCACAGGGCUCCGCAGUCCCGGCCUGCAUGUCAGACCUGCGCCGCGUGUCCUCGCCUUUGCUGUGCGUUCUGGGGCAGCCACCAAACCCCUCUGCAGGUCAGUGUCCUCAUCUCGAAAUACCACUUGCCUGCUUCGCUCUGAAGAGGGCUCAGAGGGCUACGUUUCUCAAGUC